CUAAGUUUGACAGUGACGACACGAGCAGUCUGUUUUCGUUCCUAGAUGUUGAGUCAAGAUCUCAAGGAUUCACUUAACAGGAUAUAUGAACGGAAUCUUUCCUGGAACAUAAAUUAAUAUUUUCACCCCCUUCACUAAAUGUUGCAUGGAGCUUAAUCGUUGAAUUUGAGGAGAGAGAGAGAGGAAAAACUUGCACCACCAUGUCGGCUGCAAGUACCACAAACAACAGUAAUGGAGUGGUGCGCUCGGGAUCGUUCGGCGGAGAGUAUGACUUCGCAUGCAAGGUAAUGCUAAUAGGUGACUCCGGAGUUGGUAAAACCUGUUUACUGGUUCGCUUUAAAGAUGGCGCCUUCUUAUCUGGAAGCUUUAUCUCAACAGUGGGAAUUGAUUUUAGGAAUAAAGUUGUUGAUAUUGAUGGAGCCAAAGUAAAAUUACAGAUCUGGGAUACAGCAGGCCAAGAGAGGUUUCGAAGUGUCACACAUGCAUACUACAGAGAUGCCCAUGCGCUUCUAUUACUCUUCGAUGUCACGAAUAGGCAGUCAUUUGAAAAUAUACGGGCAUGGGUGGGCGAAAUUCACGAAUAUGCCAAUGAUGAUGUAGUCGUCAUGUUGCUAGGCAACAAAGCUGAUAUGACAUCAGAAAGAGCAGUAAAGAGGGAAGAAGCAGAGAAAUUAGGAAGGGAUAACAGUAUUCCAUACAUGGAGACUAGUGCAAAGACAGGGCUCAAUGUAGACUUGGCAUUUAUAGCAGUAGCAAAAGACUUGAAAAUGAAGAAGACGAGACGGCCAAAUGACCCAAAGUUCAACGUCCGAGAAUUUGUGGAACAGCAAAAGCAGACGCCAUCGGGCUGUUGUUCAUAGAACUAUCAUCAUUUUGUCUAACCUUUAACCUGAGUGGUUGCCGGUGCUUGCCAGUCAAAGUGACACAAUGGAUACUACUCAAAUUGGCAAUGCAGGCAGUGGGAGGAGUCAAAGGAAGAUAUUUGCAGACUCUGAGAGCUGAUUAGCCGAUCAAUCUUCAAGAAUUGAAAACAGAAUUGAUUAGUGAGAACGGCUGCACGGAUUUGAUUGCAGAUGGAUUAAUUGAUUGAAGAUUUGGGAUAAACCUCACUGAAAAGAUGUAUGUCAUGGCGCGAUGGAAUAUCAUCAUUAUCAUCAUCAUUAUCCUCACUACAUGUAAUAAUAGUGUGUAGUUUACAGCUUUGGGAAAGCUACAGAAGAAACAUGUAUGAACAUCGGACACUGCCAUUCAUCAGGAGCUCACAUCGCUGAUCAGUUCCUCCAAGACGCAACCUGCAAAUUGGCAAUCUGUGAGAGGAUAGGAAAGAAAUUUGAAGAUUUUUUAUUUGUAUGGUAAACAUUGAAAGGGUUUUGUUUAAGAUUUUCCUUUACAAAUUGGCUGUAAAUGUUAGAUUGUACUGGGAUGGUGUCAGAUUUGAUUGGAAGAAAGCAAGGAAGCUUUCAUGAAGACGGCAUCACUUUGAAGAGUAAAGAUGAACGUUUCCUUUGCAUAGUCACAUAUCAGUACUUCACAAUGUGAAUGUGGAACAUAAUGCAUGUAGCUCAUUAGUUUUGUGAGGAGCGAUGUUGGAAAAGAAGUAUCAUUUCAUGUUUUAUUAGGAAAGCAAUUUUUUGGCUCAUUGGUUUUCAAACUCUCAAGAUGUAAUCAAAGUCUUAAUCGAAUUCUUAUUGCAUCCCUCAUGUGAGUUUUCCUUUAAAAGGAAAGUCCGAGAUCUCAUACCUGUAUAUUUCUGUGCUAGUUAUUCCUGGUAUUACAUUUUUGAAGAAUAAUAACUGCAUACAGGUAAAUUUAGAUUAUUUCUGCCCAAAGUGUAUUUAGAACCAUAAGUGUGUUAAAAAUUCAUUUCUCUCUAUGUGCUUCUGUUAUUUAUUCCGUUUUCCCCCUUCUUUUUCUUCUUCUUCUUCUUGACCACACAG